ACAGCAGGCAGGCUGCUGGCUGGCCGGCCCUCUCUCAGUCCGCCGGUCCUUCUGUCCCUAGCUCGGGAGGGGACCUCACAGCCAGCGGCCCCCCGCUUCUGCCUCCAGCCCAGCCAUCUUCUCCCUCCCUUCCUCCCUUGUCCCAGCCGGGCCCCAGGGGCUGGGGGGCCAAGGUCCCGGAGCCCCAGGCCCCCGAACUCCACCAUGAGGGGGGAUCUCUGGCUCCUGCUGGCGGUGCUCAGGGAGGCAGCCCGUGGGCUGAGCCCAGAUCAGGCAGCAGGUCAGGGACCAGGCAGAGGUCCAGGAUGGGAUGCAUGGAAUGCAGAGAGGAGGAUGCUGGGCUGGAGGAGGAGGGUUCGAGAGAGCACCGGCCGGGCACCUGAACCAAACAGGAAACGACUGAGCCAAGACCAGGGUGGGGGCACCCUGGCUAUCGAUACAUUCCCUGAUAAUGAAACAAAGAUUGUGGAGGACAACCACAGCUACUACAUUUCUCGAAUGUACGGCCCCAACGAGCCCCGGACUCGAGAGUUGUGGGUAGAUGUGGCAGAAGCCAACAGAAGUCAGGUCACAGUCCAUGGGAUCCUUUCCAAUACCCACCGGCAAGCUUCGAGAGUGGUCCUGUCCUUUGAUUUCCCAUUCUAUGGCCAUCAUCUGCGGCAGAUUACCAUAGCAACCGGAGGCUUCAUCUUCAUGGGGGAUGUCAUCCAUCGGAUGCUCACAGCCACCCAGUAUGUGGCACCUCUAAUGGCCAACUUCAACCCUGGAUACUCCCCAAAUUCCACAGUCACAUACUUUGACAAUGGGACAGUCUUUGUGGUACAGUGGGAUCACGUCUACCUCCAGGGUCAUGAGAAUACAGGGAGCUUCACCUUCCAGGCAGCUUUGCACAUUGACGGCAGGAUCGUCUUUGGCUACAAGGAGAUCCCAAUGUCCGUCCUGGACAUCAAUUCCACCCAGCACCCUGUCAAAGCCGGUCUGUCUGAUGCCUUCAUGAUUCUCAGUCCAGCCCCUGACAUGCCAGAAUCUCGCCGAAGAACAAUUUAUGAGUAUCACCGGAUUGAGUUGGACACCAGCAAGGUCACCAGCACAUCAGCUGUAGAGUUUACCCCACUGCCAACCUGUCUGCAACAUCAGAGCUGUGAAGUCUGCGUCUCCUCAGACUUGACCUUCAACUGCAGCUGGUGUCACGUCCUCCAGAGGUGUUCCAGUGGCUUUGACCGCUAUCGGGAGGAGUGGUUGGCAUACGGCUGUGCCCGAGAGGCAGAGGGCAGGACGUGUGAGGACUUCCAGGAAGAAGAACAUUAUGCCUCAUCCCUUGGGACCUCCUUUACCCCUUUUGAUGAAGAAUUCACCACUUCUGCCUCUUCCUUCUUCACUGACCACCUCACCACAGAAGAUGACACAAAGUUGAAUCCAUAUGGAGGAAGAGAUGAUCUACAGGACAACCUUUCUCCUAAAAAGAAGGGUCCUCCGGUGCAUGCAGGGGUCAUUGUGGGCAUUGUGCUGGCGGUACUACUAGUUGUGGUCAUCAUCCUGGCUGGAAUCUACAUCAACACUCAUCCCACUUCUAAUGCUGCCUUAUUCUUCAUUGAGCGGAGACCUCAUCACUGGCCAGCCAUGAAAUUCCGCAACCGAACCAGUCAUGGGACCUACACAGAAGUUGAGCCUUCAGGACAAGAGAAAGAGGGCUUCAUGGAGGCAGAGCAGUGCUGAAAGUAGCAUUUCCUCCACUCCUUCCCUCUUCUUCCUACCAGAAACAAAGACUCCAAACCCCAAACCAUUGGUCUUGAUUAUGGAGUCUCCCCUUUUUUAAGAUGAGCUCCAUUCUCUUGAGGAUGGGAAGGAAGACCCAAUGAGACCCCAAAGUCAAGGUCAAUAUUGUUCUUCUUUUAUCGACCGCCUCUUAACAUUUCCUGGGGCAUAAAGACAGGGCGAGAAAGGAUUUGCCAGAUCUACCGCAUGCAUGACAGCCAAGCCACAGAGGUUGAAACAGGAAAUGCUGCACUCCACUCGAGCUUGCCGGGGAAUAAUAACAGCUUGCCCUCAUGUUCCCCGGUGUCAAUGACGUAUAGCAGCUCCCCCAUCCAAGUCUUGAAAUAUGUCAGUCUGCAUCCAUUCCUCCAGCCUCUUCCUGCAUAGGAAUGGAGAGGGUUUGAAGACCCUGCAGAACCUCACCUGGCCCGUACAUUUGUUGUAAUAUUACUAAGACUAAAGGGUGCUGAGUCUCUACAAUUCAUAGACGUGAGAGCCGGUCCUCACAGCUAUGGAUCCAGCACAUAAUCAGCUUCUUUGGAUCAGCCUGCCAGAAACGGGCAUGCUGUCCAUCUGCUAAACCCAAGCAUUGCUGCACUUCAGUGCUCUUACCAGACUGGAAAUAAACCACGAUGUCAAACUAGGGUGAAAUGAGGAGGGAGGACAAGACUUCUCUUAGAAUUCCCAUCCUGCCAACCCAAUUACUCCUUUCCAGAAAAUUAGUUUGGAAAAGUUGGAAAGGGAAAAACCUCACACCAUGACCUGGUAUGAAACAUUGUUUUUACAACUCUGAAAAACCCACUCCUAUUGAGAGUGUGGUGUGGUGAAUAGAGAACAUUGAAAAUUAAGUCUAAUGCCACCUCAACUCCUUACUAGCUUUGUGAACCUGAAGGAAAUCAUUUAAACUUUCUGGGCUUCAGUUUCCUCAUUGUAAAAUGAGGACUGGGUUUGAUGAUCUCUGUGGUCCCUACUAGCUCUGGUUUUCUGAUCUUAGCCAAGCCAAUAAGUAUUUAUUAAGUUCACAUUUGGGGCAAGAGUGCGGAGAUAUAAAAAAAAAUUAAAAAUGAAUAACAGGUAAUGAAAAAUGAAAAGCAGAUAAGCUCUGAGGGAGCUUACCUUUUACUUGAGCAGGAUAUAGCAAAUAGGUGUAUACAGUUUUCCCUUCCUCAGCACCCGUAGAGGUUACCAUAUAAUUUGAGUUAAAUUAAGAAAUUAAAUGGGAAUUUUGGGGGAGUUUUGUGGAAGCUGCAGAUGACAUGUUAAGGCCAGCAGAU